UUGAGAGUGGACAUGCUCAGUUCACAUUUCUUACUAACUUCCUGGUUUUAGUGAGCGUCUACAACUUCCCGAGAACACUAACAGAUCUUCCGAGCAAACAAGGAUUAAGAGAUCAAGGCGAUUCCGGCCUGUCUUCACCCACCAUUAACAGAAAUUGACAGAUAAACAACACAGAAAUGGAGGACUUCAAUGUCAUGCUGCUAGGAAUAGCAGGAAAACUGACUGAUACAGAUCUAAGUAACAUGAAGUUUCUUUGCCAGGAUAAGAUACCUCGAAAGAAAAUGGAAACCAUUACAAGUCCGACAGAUCUAUUCAUAAAACUCAUGGAGCUGACAGAGAUCUCGAAAGACAACCUGAAUUUCCUGAUCGAGCUUUUACAGCAUACACUGAGACACGAUCUGGCGAAAGAAGUGAAAGCAUUUCAGGGGCCGCCGAUUUCAAGAGAGGAAACUUCUGUAGCUGAAGAUCCAGAUGAAGACCAGCUUGGCCAGGCCUUUGACAUAAUAUGUGAAAAUGUGGGGAAGGAUUGGAAGAUGCUGAUGCGUACUCUUGGGGUUACUGAUGGCACAAUGGACCAAAUUAUCUACGCUAACCCUUAUAACCUGAGGGAACAAAUAAGACAAUGUCUGCGGGAAUGGAAGAAAAAGAAGAGAGAGAAUGCAAAUGUGUCUGCCCUGAUAAAAGCACUAGAAAAGUGUAGACUGAAGCUAGUGGCAGAAAAAAUAUCCGAUGAACUAAAUCUUAGUUAUGGAAUGUCAUAACCAUUACCCUGAAAUCUGACAUAUUUACAGUAUGUAUUAAAUAUUAUUGGUGUCUUAGGAAAAGAUCAACACCUUCCAUUUGAGCUGUGUUUGCGGCACAAUAGGUCUUGUUCGCAAAACCCCCCCCCCCC